AUGACGCAUUCACAUCAGUCGCCCGAGACGGCCAUGUCGGGCUUCCUCGACUCAAUGAAACAGGAAUCAAGUGCUUCUGCAUAUUCCCUGUUUGGCCCGACACAGUAUCCUGAGAGUGUUGCGUUCUGGCACGAUCCCUCCGCGGCACCGACGAUGAUAGUGCCCCCUUCAUAUACAACCUCCCAGAAACAAGCCCUCUUCCAACCUCUCUCGGACCAGAAGAAGCAUAAGCGCACCCGGAGCGGGUGCUUUACCUGCCGUUCGCGCCGUAUCAAGUGCGAUGAGAACCGUCCAGUUUGUGAACGUUGUAGGAAAGGGAGUCGUGAUUGUGUCUAUCCAUCACCCUCCGCAUCAUCGUCCACAUCCUCUAAGGCUAGCUCGCGUACUACAGCCAAGUCGCGUGCUGGUCGCCCGCCGUCGCACGGCAGCGAUUCAUCUGGGAGGGUAGACCCCGAGACUCUCAGCCCCUUGCAGCCCAUUAUCGACGAAGAGGAACCCGACAGUUCUGUAUCCGAAUACCGACCGUCCCCAGCAAGCGGCACAACCACAUCACAGCCGGACCUGCGUAAGAGUGAAAGUGCACAAUCUCUUCGGAAGCACAGCACAAGACCCACUUCUGAUGCUAGUCCUUAUAUCAAAGAACAUAGUAGUUCGCCAUCGGCUGAGUCGCGCUUUGAGUCGAUGAGCGUGCGCUCGGGCAGCCUUGGACAUUCCACAACAGAAUUGCUCAACAACGCGCGCCUACCGGACGAUUUGCGAUUUUAUUUAAAUUUCCAGCAGGAUUUUAUGACUCCUCCGCAUUUCUUCUUGAGACAGGGUUGCUCUCAUUUCAUCCAUCACAGCCUUAUCGAACUUGCUUUGCACUAUGAGCCUCUCCUCUACGCCCUAGUGGGACUUUCGGCUUACCAUCAUUCUUUAAACAACCCUGGGGGAAAGCUCUACACAUUCUUGAAAUACUAUAAUAAAGCCUUGAUUCUCCUGCGAACAUCAUUGGGCUCUGGAGAGGAGCACACUGAGGCUACACUGUGUACUGUUCUUGUCUUGACAACAUUUGAGGAAUACAUCGGCGAUUGGAUGAACCUGAUAGAUCACCACCAGGCGGCACAUGCAUUCAUGCGAAAGCUAAUUACGCCAGAGUCCGCCAACACGAACGAGCUACACACCAGUAUCUUCUUAUGGUACGCACGUUUCGAUGUAGUCGUGGGGAUUUUGGCUGGCACCGAAACAGUUCUCGGCCGAGACUGGUAUCUUGCAAAGGAGCAGUAUGACGCCGAGCAAGCCGCUAUCUAUCCGGAUGAUCCAUCUAAACAACUUGCGCUUGUCGCAUCCAUCAACCGACGCUUCGGCUUGGAUAUGGCUUCCCUCUAUGCGAAGUUAUCUCGCCGCAUGAUAUCAAUGGAACAAUUCGCUAUCCAGAAUGAACAUCUGGGCCAGUGGCUCGAGCAGGCCAAGACGAUUCUAAGGACAUUCGAUGAUUACGACUACAAAGUGCAAAAGUAUCCGCAGAAGCAGCCCUUGACAGAAGAUGACGUUACCGAUCCAUACGUGCCCGGUGUCUUGUAUCGUGGUGCCUUGUGGGAUUUCAAUUAUGCUUGGGUCGAUGUUCUCUCCACCGAGAUAAUGUACAAGUUCCAGACUAUGCAAGUCCUACAGCAGCCUUUGCUUCAAGACUUGCAAGAAUUGUCCAAGGAGCUAUGCCGCCUAAUCGAGACUAUGAUUCGCUGGCCUCAGAAGGAAAACGGAUAUUGUCUCGCGUUUAAAAACACUAUUGGCAUGCUUGGCAUGUUUCUUCCCAGGGAGCAUAAGUAUCAAAUGUGGGCACGACGCAGGUUAGCCUUGUUGGAGCAAAAUGGUUUCCGCACCGGGCUCGCUGCCAUCUGGCAAGUUCCAGAGGUUAACCAUUGGUGGCUCCCUAAUGAUGAAGGAUAUACAAACAUUGUCCGCGAGAUUCGUUCCUUGACGGAGGAACGUUCAUUACAGCCACGUGAUGAGAUGCGCGAGAAUGUCCGUGAUAUGAAGUCUCUGUUGGGGAGAUUGAAUCUGGAUGAAACCGACAACAACCGGAGCCAUUCAUAG